CUGGGUCGCUAGUUCCGCUUCCCCUUCGCCAUAGCGGAAUUAUCCAGUGGUCGAAAAGGUUGCAAGAAAAGUUGAAUUGUAAAUAGCUAAAGUGGUGGUUUUACUCGUUUAUUUGUAUGUGGUGGGAACAGUCAGGGCCCCGCGACACAGAGGAAGUAGUUUUAACGGAUUUACGGACUUUUUGCAAACAGUUUGGAGGAUCGUCCGGGAGUCAAGUUCUACUCAAGUUUAGCUGCUGGUUUGGAAUCUCCGGUACAGCCUGGUGCUUUCUGUCUCUUCUGCUGUCAUUUUCGGCACACCCUCUCAAAGUGCAUGAGCACACCCGUGCCUCCUGCUAAUGUGAGCGCUUCCUCGCUCCCUUUGUUUGCCACCCUCUUUAUCCUUGCCUGUUGUGUUCCCCCCCUGCCCAGUUAGCUCUGUAAGGUUCACAACAACCUCAUAGCAAUGUGUGAUAAUGGAGACCCCGAGGAUAAACCCCCUGCCCCUCCAGUCAGAAUGAGCAGUACGAUCUUUAGCACCAGCUCUGGCAAAGACUCACUCUCAGCCAACCACAGCUCUAAGCCACUGCCUUCUGUGCCAGAAGAGAGGAAACCUCGCAAAAAGAUCAUCUCAAUCUUCUCUGGAGCUGAAAAAGGUGGCAGAAAGAAAGACAGAGACAAAGAGCGACCAGAGAUCUCUCCACCUUCAGAUUUUGAACAUACCAUACAUGUUGGAUUCGAUGCUGUCACAGGGGAGUUUACUGGAAUGCCAGAGCAGUGGGCUCGACUACUCCAGACCUCAAACAUCACCAAGUCAGAGCAGAAGAAAAACCCACAGGCUGUGCUUGAUGUUCUUAAGUUCUAUGACUCCACAGGCAACGGUCGUCAGAAGUACCUCAGCUUCUCAUCUUCUGAAAAAGAAUCAUUCACUCCAGGGCCUCAGUCUCCUGUCAAAAAAGGCACCGCACCCUCAUCUCCUACUAUAAAACACAUUGAUGAUGAUGAUGAUGAUGAUGAUGAUGAAGCUCCUCCUCCUGUUGUGGCACCACGACCAGAAUACACAAAGAGUGUGUAUACGCGCUCUGUCAUUGAUCCCAUCCCUGCUCCGAGCACAUGUACAGAUGGAGAUGUUGCCUCCAAGGCUACGGACAGACAGAAAAAGAAGGGCAAGAUGUCUGAUGAGGAGAUAAUGGACAAACUCAGAACUAUCGUCAGCAUUGGAGAUCCCAAGAAGAAAUACACCAGAUAUGAAAAGAUUGGACAGGGAGCAUCAGGAACAGUGUUCACAGCCAUUGAUGUUGCCACUGGACAGGAGGUUGCUAUUAAACAGAUAAACCUGCAAAAGCAGCCAAAGAAGGAGCUGAUCAUCAAUGAGAUUCUAGUGAUGAAGGAGUUAAAGAAUCCUAACAUUGUCAACUUUUUAGACAGUUUCCUGAUGGGGGAGGAGCUGUUUGUGGUGAUGGAGUAUCUGGCUGGUGGCUCCUUGACAGAUGUGGUGACAGAAACCUGUAUGGAUGAGGCCCAGAUAGCAGCUGUCUGCCGAGAGUGUUUACAAGCAUUGGAGUUCCUACAUGCUAACCAAGUUAUUCACAGAGACAUUAAAAGUGACAAUGUGUUACUCGGAAUGGAUGGCUCCGUUAAGUUGACCGAUUUUGGCUUCUGUGCCCAGAUCACUCCAGAGCAGAGCAAACGCAGCACCAUGGUAGGCACGCCGUACUGGAUGGCUCCCGAGGUGGUGACCAGGAAGGCUUAUGGGCCUAAAGUUGACAUUUGGUCGCUGGGUAUUAUGGCUAUUGAGAUGGUUGAAGGAGAGCCUCCUUACCUGAACGAGAACCCACUAAGAGCGUUAUACCUGAUUGCCACGAACGGCACCCCGGAGCUUCAAAACCCAGAGAAGCUGUCUCCAGUUUUCAGAGAUUUUCUCAACCGUUGCCUGGAAAUGGAUGUAGAGAAAAGAGGUGGAGGCAAAGAGUUGUUGCAGCAUCCGUUCCUGAAGCUGGCGAAGCCGCUCUCCAGCCUCACACCUCUCAUCCUGGCAGCCAAGGAGGCCAUGAAGGGCAAUCGUUAGCUGAAGAAACUAGCUACCCUACCUUCCUAUGCUGUGCACAGAUAUGUGCCAACCAUUUAGAUUUUGUGCCAGACAAUAGGCUGAGAGUGACUUGCCACUCUUGAUGCACCAGCCUUAUAAGCCCUGACAAACCUCACUGUGAAGAAGACCAAAAAUAUAGAGCACAACUUCCACCGCUGUCCAGAUGAACUCUAUUCUCUCUCAGUUGUCAGAAGACAAGUCAAACUAAAGUGCUUAGUUUCAGAGUCAGUCGUAGUUGUUUUGUACAAUGAAUCUCCAGGUGAAAAGUUAGGGCUAGGCUUGUAUUUAACUUGGAAUGAAGAAGACGCCUAGUUCAGUUUAGUUUUUUAAUCAACUGCCUUAAAUGCAAAAUGUUGCCUAAUGUAUUGUUGAUUGUGUCUGUGUCUCUUUUCCCCAUGAUUUUUACUACCUUUUGUAAUUUCACCUUUUCAGCUUGUUGGUGUCUUAGUUAUUUUGAUACUUGAAUUUCAUAUUUCCCCCCUUCUUGUUUUGUAAUGGUCUCAUUCAAUGAACACUCUUGCUAUUUCCACGUCGACCAGUGUUUAUGGACAUUUUCUGUCACACAUUUUAUAGGAAACAUUUCAGCGCGUUUGUCAUUAUGUGUUGUGAUUGUGUUGUUCUCUGACAGACCUACUGUACCAGUUCUUACCCCCUGUAUCAUUAGACUCUUGUUGUCAGAGCUGCACCUUACAGGCAAAUUAAAUUGUUAGAUUGACAGGGUUUAUACUUUCUCUAUUGUUAUUAAAAGUAAGUAUUGUAUGUUGAACUCUGUCCCUCUGUGUCCUUCUGGACUAAACAAAUGCGCUCUUAUCAUGUGUAUAUUGUGUACUUAAUAAUUAGUCUGGCAGAGAAAAAAUUGUGGCCAUAUCGUAGAGGUUAGUUGUCAAAAGCUGGUAAAGCCAAUUUGUUGACUGUUUCUUUUUCUUAAUCUGGAUGACUAACAACAUUGUUUGCCCUUAAAAUAAAUGCAGCUAUUCUUUG